AUGGUGCAUGCUCCGAUUCUGCCAAGGGUCAAUCUUGUCAUUCCAUCUGAUCAGUCUGUCUCAAAACGUGCAGUUGGAAACUGGGACGAUGCCUACACAAAAGCAACAGCUGCGCUCGCCAAGCUAUCGCAGAGUGAGAAGAUCGGAAUCGUCACGGGUGUUGGCUGGCAGAAAGGUCCUUGCGUUGGCAACACCAAGGCGGCUGGCUCGAUUGGAUAUCCGUCACUUUGUCUGCAAGAUGGACCCCUUGGUGUUCGUUACGUCCAAGGUGCGACUGCCUUCAGUGCGGCUAUCCAUGCCGCUAGCACCUGGGACAUUGACCUUAUCCGUGAAAGAGGUGCCUUCCUGGGUGCGGAAGCAAAGCAGCUAGGUGUUCACGUCCAGCUUGGGCCUUCCGCCGGUCCUCUCGGCAAGCAUGCAAAAGGUGGUCGGAACUGGGAAGGAUUUGGCUCAGAUCCUUAUCUCCAAGGCAUCAUGAUGGCGGAAACCAUCGAGGGUAUGCAAGGGGCAGGCGUCCAAGCUACGGCGAAGCAUUGGCUUGUAAAUGAACAGGAAUUGAACCGAGAGACUAUGAGCUCAGAUGUGCCGGAUAGGGUACUUCGCGAACUUUACGUGUGGCCCUUCAUGGAUGCUGUGCACAGCGAUGUCGCAGCAUUCAUGUGCAGUUAUAACAAGAUCAACGGAACAUGGGCUUGCGAAAGCGACGGUGUGAUGAACAGGCUCCUUAAAGACGAGCUCGGUCAUCGUGGAUACAUCAUGAGCGAUUGGAAUGCGCAACACACUACCACUGGGAGUGCGAACGGUGGCAUGGACAUGACCAUGCCCGGCACCGACUUCAGCAACGGCAACAUCUUUUGGGGCCCGCAACUUCAGACCGCCAUAAACAACAAACAAGUGCAGCAAUCUCGCCUUGAUGACAUGGUCAAGCGCGUGUUAGCCGCCUGGUAUCUCGUUGGUCAAGACAAGGGCUAUCCAAGCACCUCAUUUAGCUCCUGGACGAUCGGCAAACAUGAAGUAGGCGGAAGCCACAAGACAAACGUCCGCGCUACAGCUCGCGAUGGUAUUGUCUUGCUAAAGAACACAAACGCCGCGUUGCCCUUCAAGAAGCCUAAAAGCAUCGCUGUCAUCGGAAGCGACAGCAUCGUUGCGCCUAAAGGAGCCAAUGCGUGCAUUGAUCGCGGAUGUAACGAUGGAACAUUGGCCAUGGGUUGGGGUUCCGGAUCAGUUGAGUUUCCUUAUCUUGUUGCUCCUCUUGAUGCUAUCAAGACACAAGCCCAGAAGGACGGAACUUCCAUCACUUCUUCGCCCAACGACAACGCGCAGCAAGGUGCUAGCGCAGCACAAAACGCUGAUAUUGCGGUGGUCUGCAUCAACAGCGAUGCUGGCGAAGGUUACAUAACCGUCGAAGGCAAUGCUGGUGACAGGAAGAACCUGGACCCAUGGCACAACGGAAACGAAUUGGUCAAGGCAGUUGCUGCUGUCAACAAGAAGACCAUUGUUGUAGUCCAUAGCGUCGGUCCAGUCAUUAUGGAGCAGUGGAUCGAGAACCCGAACGUAGUUGCUGUUGUUUGGGCAGGUCUCCCAGGUCAAGAAUCCGGAAAUGGCCUUGUCGACAUCCUCUACGGUGCAGCUUCACCAAGCGGCAAGCUACCCUACACCAUCGCAAAGAAGGAAUCAGACUACGGUACCACGAUUGCCAGCGGUGACGACAAGAACUGGGACCUCUUCAUCGAUUACCGCCGUUUCGACCAGCAGAAGAUCGAGCCCAGAUUCGAAUUCGGCUACGGUCUCUCCUAUACUAACUUUACUUACUCCGACCUCAGUGUCUCCGGCAAACCCUCUGCGGGUCCUGCAACCGGUGCCAAGGGUCCUGGAGGCCCUGUUGAUCUCUUCGAAACCGUAGCUACCGUUACCGCCAAGAUCAGUAACUCCGGUGGUGUUGCGGGUGCGGAGGUGCCACAGCUGUAUCUAGGCUACCCUUCAUCGACCAACUCACCACCGAAGCAAUUGAGGGGUUUCGCGAAACUCAAGAUUGAAGCCGGUGCCAGUGCGACGGCUACAUUCAAGCUGAGGAGACGAGAUAUGAGCUUUUGGGAUGAGAGCAGUAGGAAAUGGAGUGUUGCUACUGGAGAGUAUCAGAUCUUCGUGGGAUCGAGUUCUAGGGAUGUGAGAUUGACGGGCAAGAUCACUGUUUAG